AGAAAAAGCUGUCAACUGUCAAAUUAUACACAAAUGAAGCUAUUUCUGUAUUUUUUUAACAAUUUUUAGCAAUAAAUGUUUCACAAUUGGAUUUUACCGAAAGACAAAAUGCAAAGCACCAUCAAGGAGUUGCUUGACGCUCUAGGAUGUAAUUUAGAGUCAGACACUGUUUUCGACUACAUCCAGAACGACCCAAACUAUGGGAACACUAAUCUGACUCCAAAACAAGUGAAUGAUUAUGCACAGAGGUUGGCGCUAAAAGCUUCAAAUGGCAAGGCGUUUCUGAAGAAAUAUGAAGAUCUGAAAAGCCGCAAUACGGACAACCUGUCAGAUAUCAUAAUUUUAUUCUACAAAUUGGUCUGCGAUGAGAAGAAGUCUAAAACAUAUAGGCCUAAAGUUGCUCCAAAACCAGUCUUGGGAGACAACAAACACCAAAUUACCAAAGAAGAUCUUCCACAGAUCAAAGAUAAGUUAUUAAAAGCAGUUGACGAAAGCAAAAAAUUAGUCAUGAAGUCAUUUGAAGAGAAGGAAGCUAAGCUUCGUCCAAACUGGUACAGUAGUCUGGAGCUGCCCAACUGGCAGAAGGAUCACCCUGCUAUGUCCUGGGAUUUUCCUAAAGAAUCCUUGCCCAUUGUUGCUUCUUUAGCUGGUGUGCCUCUAGUAUCCCAAGAGAACAUCAUAAUAGAUGAGCUUCUUUAUGUCUUCUCUGGUAUUCCUGGCAAUUACAUCAUUCACCAGCCAGUCAAGGAGAUGUAUGACCCUCGAACAUUCACAGUAUCCGAUGAUGUGGAUGAUGCUUUGAAGCAGAUAGUUCAGCAGAUGUUACCGUUAGCUUCAAAUUACUCUAUUGUGAGGAGGUUCAUAGAAAACUGUAACAUGUGGUCUGGACAAGUGAUGCAUGCAUUGGUGGCCGCCAUUGAGAUAUUACUCAAAGAUUAUUAUACUAUGCUGGCCCAGUUAGAGACAGAGCACACUACUGCCAACCUAACACUGCAAAAAUUGUGGUAUUUUGUGUUACCCACAAUGCAUACAAUGCAAGUCUUAGCCGCUAUCGUAACAAGUAUUGGAAAGAGCGAGCUCCGCGGCGGCGCGGUACUAACAGUACUACAUGACAAGACAAACACCCUGAUGGGCGAUGCGCGCGCGCAAGAGAUCUCGCUGUUCCUCACCGAGCGCGCCUGCAAGCCCUUCCUCGCCGUGCUCGACCAGUGGAUACACAAGGGCAGUAUCCUCGACCCCUUCCAUGAGUUCAUGAUUGAAGACAAUGAACUAAUAAACAAAGAAGAAUUGCCAGUGGACUACUCUGCGGACUACUGGGAGAAGCGAUACAGUAUCCAGAGGGAUAGAGUUCCUAAGUUCCUAGACAAAUAUACUGAUAUCAUACUCAGGACUGGGAAGUACUUGAAUGUUAUUAGUCAAUGCGGCAAGCCAAUGUCAAAAACAACCACAGAAGAAAUUAAGUACUCUCUCAGAGAACAAAAUUACAGUGCCAUAAUACAGAAAGCUUAUUCGUUUGCGAGCAAAUCACUAUUAGAGUUGUUGUUAAAGGAGUAUGAUCUAAUGGGCCGUCUGAAGUCGGUGAAGAAUUACUUCCUCAUGAGUCAAGGGGACUUUAUCGUGCAAUUCAUGGAUGCUACAGAACAGGAAUUGUCCAAGAAGAUAGAUGACAUCAUACCUUCGAAGUUGGAGUCACUCUUGGGACUUUGUUUGAGACUGUCCGCCGCUAGUCACGACCCGUACAAUGAAGACAUGCGAGUGGAACUAUUGCCGUACGACUUGCAGUUCCAGAUGUUCAAGAUACUCUCCAUUGAAACGGAAGAUGAGAAAGAUUACAAGCAGAACAAAGACUGUCCUCCGCUGACAGGCAUCGAGACAUUCUCGUUCGGCAUGGAGGUGAAGUGGCCGGUAUCACUGGUCCUCAACCACAAGGCCAUCGCCUGCUACCAGAUGAUAUUCCGACACCUCUUCUACUGCAAGCAUGUGGAGCGGCUGUUGUGCAGGGUAUGGCUAUACAACAAGGUUGUGAAGCGGUUUGCUGAGGGCCGCCUUUACGCCGACGCGUUCGCGCUGCGACAACGUAUGCUGAGCUGUAUUCAGCAUCUGCAGUACUACAUGUGCGUAGAAGUCAUCGAGCCCAGCUGGUGCCAGCUCAUACAGAGCCUUGAUAAGGUGAACAACGUGGACGAGGUUCUGGAGCGGCACAACGACUUUCUGGAGGCGUGCCUGGGUGACUGCAUGCUGACCAGCCCGCAGCUGCUCAAGGCCGUCACCGCGCUCUGCCUUGUCUGUGUCCAGUUCUGCACUUUCAUACAGGAGAUGCACAAGUACUUCGUGGAUGCAGAGCUUAACAGUAUGCUUGGAUCGACGUAUGACAAUACUGAUUAUAGCGAGAGCACGGGGUGCGCUGGCGGCGCGACGAGCGGCUCGGCAGACUCGUUCGCGCGGUCGGUGUCGCGCUACGGGCUGCGGUUCACGGCCGCACUGCUGUCCGUGCUCGCCAUCAUCGACCGCAUGCCGCGGGACAACAACAACAAGCUGCUCAAUAUCUCCGCCAGAUUGAAAUUCAACACAUACUACGAGAAGCAGCUGGAGAAGUUCUGCUCGGAUGAGACGCUGCUGGACGCGGAGAGGAGGCCGCCUGCGUCCUAGCGGCGGGCCGCGCGCUCCUGCAGCCGCAGAGUCACCGCCGUGUGACCGCGCCCUAACACUACACGCACGCGCCGAGUGACAUGAGGGGUUUGUUCCGCGUCCCGCUGCCACGACCAAAAGAAGGUUAACUCUAAUUUUUAAAGCAAUUUUUACUUUUAAUCGGUCACCGUUUAUUUUAUUCAGCGGCUCUUCUGGUAACUGUUCAUCGUAAUUUUAUAGGACCAAUUAUUACCAGUCAUCAGUGGUAGCAAAUUUAACAUUUUUGUAAGCAACUGUUUAUAUGGUGUGUUACCCGCUGGCAGUGGGACGAAUGCCUAAAACGCAAUGAUGUACCUACUUCUUGCAGCGAACUUAGGGUCUAAUAUAUAAUGAUCAAUUGUAAACGUUCUUUUACUGUAACAAGUACUAACCACGGGCCAUAUCCUUCAUAUUGAAGUUGACAUCAUUGUGCUUUAAUAUUAAAUUGAAGUGAAUCAAGUGGAUUGGACGGUUAAUUGAAAUAAAAUGAACUACAAAAAGCGUGUGAAUACAAGCUCUUGUUAAAAUAAGAAAGAACCAUUAUCAUAUUUAAAAUUAAACGUGGCCCCUCGUUUUGGAUGUAGUCGCAAUAAGAUAUGAACGUCGAAUAGGGGAAGUCACAAAUUGAAUUGUUUGCAUUUAUGUAGAAUUUGUAAGUGAGAAUUCUGUAUCUCCCUCGCAGUGGCGGCCCUAGCAAAAUAUUUAGGUGGUGCGAGGCCUCAAAGUGGCACCCCUCAGCCCCUUAAAAUACAAAAUUUUUCGAUUAGUUAACGGCCACCGAAAUUUACCUAUUUAAAUGUUUUAAAAAUGUUGUUUAUGGCAACCCAGGGUGAACCAGUCUUGGUUGUUUUUGGCGACCCCCCCCCCCCAUUUUGGCCCAAGGGCCGCCACUGCUCCCUCGAAUAGCAAUUAGAUGUGUAUGAAAGUAAGUACAGGUUUAUAGCCUGUGUACUAACGUGGAAGACGUUUACGGUAAAUUUGCACAUGUAAAUAAUUGGAUUUAAUAUUAUUGUAAAAGUACAUUUUCAAAAAGCCAUUUUGCUAUUGAAACCAACGAUAUUUUAAGACAAUUAUAAAUGAAUCAAGUAGGUAUAUUUGGAGACAUAAUAUGUGAACCGACUGUGUUUAUUUAGCAAGUAAAUUAAAAAGGUUAACUACAGAAUAGAAUAAUAAUCAUAGCAUCCAUCCACAGCUUUAGGUAUAGCUAAGUAAUCUCACUAAGUACAAAUAAAUUCCUAACAAAUCUGUACUCAUAUUGAUAUUACAGUACAUAUUUACUAAAAUAUUAUAUUGGCACAAUGUUUUAUCUCAUUUGGAUGUAACAAAGUAAGCACAUUACUAAAUAAAUGCAAGGUAUUUUUGAUACCAAACAUUCAGUGAGUAUUAAUUAAGUAAAGUAGAUCACAAGAUUUCUCAUUCCUUGCCAUAAUUUUAGAAUUUAAAGCCAUGACAUUAGUGUAGUAUUAUUGUUGUGAAUGCAUUAGGGGUGUUGUGAAAUUGAACUUCCAUAUGUGCUUGAUGUAGAUCUGAUGUCAGUACUAGUUAUCACGCUCGAAUCUAGUUGAAAUUUUACAUUUGUUAUUAUUGGCUGUGUUAAUUAUUGCCUAAGUUUAGGUACUUUCCUGAUUCAUUGUCAUUUUAUACAAUUUGUUGUUAUGAGAGUGCCAUUGUUCUUGUUUACUACUUACUUUGUCAAUUAGGAUUUUUUUUGAUUCAUUUCUUAUGUAAACCCCGUUUGGGAUAUUCAAGUUUGUUAAACAGUAUCGGUCAAUCGUUGAUUAGGGAGGUUGUCACGUAAACGGUAUAUAAUACAUACUUUUAAUUGACUUAUAGCGAUACUAAAAUCUCGGCCACCCGAGAUGUAAAUACCAUCGAUAAUAUUUUUAUGCGAAUAAACACGAUUACUAAACUAA